AUGGACUAUUCGGUGACAGAACAAAUACAAUUCCAGGCAUUAGCGGAUUGGACCCAAAAGACUUUGAACAGCGGCAUACAGCUGGUGACGUCAUCACCUACAGAAAAAGAAGUUAAGUGCAGCGGCACCAAUAAUCCGACUCCGUUAUUCGAGUCUGUCGAACACAAGUCUUCGCCCGUUGAGGGUGGUUCCUACUGUUCAGAAGGCGCAGAAGAGGAAGUCCAAGGGGAAGUACGGAAAAGCAAUUGUGACUAUGCCCUCGCGCAACGAAGGAAGAAGAAAACCAGGACAGUGUUUAGCCGCAAUCAAGUUUUCCAGCUGGAAACCAUGUUCGACGUGAAACGCUACCUGUCCAGCGCCGAGCGGGCAAACCUAGCUCACAGCCUGAGACUCACCGAAACGCAGGUGAAGAUUUGGUUUCAGAACCGGCGUAACAAAUGGAAACGCCAAUUGGUGGCAGACCUUGACGUGAACGGUGUUGGUCAGACUCCGUCCACUUUCCUCACGAAUUCUUCAACCCGUAUGACAGGAUUACUGUAUUCGAGGGAAGGUGUUACUUGGCCGAGUGGCAGACCGCUGUCGAUCGUGAUCGAGAACAUCGGCGUUGAUGCACGGGGAUGUGCCAACGACGAGAAAUAG